AUGAAUAAUAUUCAAUUAGAAGAAUGGUAUAAUAAUAUCUUUGAAACACCAAGAAAAAAAAUUAAAAUUAAUGGAGGAAUUAUUGAAUAUGAACAAAAAUUAAAUCAAAUUAAUCAAUUUUCAGGAGGAAUACUUGAAUAUAUAGAAAUGAAUAGUAAAGAAAAAGAAGGAUAUUAUGAAGUUAAUGGAAAUGAAGAAAAAAAAGAAGCAAUAGAAAGUUAUAUUGAAUUUCUUGAAUAUUUUUAUUAUCAAAGAGAAGAUAAUAAUUGGUUUCAUCCAAAUAAAAUAAUUAAAAAAGAAGAAGGAUUAAUAUAUAAAGAAUGUGCAAAAAAAUUAGGAAAUAUUCUUUGUUGUGGAGGAGAUUUAAGUGAUGGAUUAAAAUAUUUUGGAAUGUAUGAUGAAUGUGGAAGAAUUUUAGGAGAAUUAUUUACAAUUAUGGGAGAAUCAAUUUGUAAUUCAUUUAAAAAAGAUAAAGAAAGAAAAUGGAAAGAUUUUAUUACUAUAGGAAUGAAAUGGGCAUUAGUUUGUAGACCAAAAGAAAUUUUAAAUAAUUAUAUGAUGGUUAAAAAUAUUAUUGAUUUUUAUAAUUUAGAAAAUAUAUUAAUUACAAAUUAA